UCAGAAUAAUAUUUUUAAAUGCAUAAAUUAAAAUCCUAGAAUUACAAAAGAAAGCCAUGGUUAAUUAAAAAAAUGUUUUUCCCCAUCUAAGUAUUUUCUCUUGAAAUCUCUCCACUGACUAUCCAAGGUCUAUAAUGUAAGGGUUAAAUUGGGGUUUUGACUAAAUAAGAGAGUUAUAAAUUCAAUGUUGUGGUUACUAAAUUCAAAAUAUUAUCCCUAAGCUGGGGGGGGGGGGGGCUUUAACAGCUUUUAUUUAUAAUGAGGAAGAGAAAGAGUUGAAGUAUGACAUGUAGGAGGGAAAGAGGAAGGAAUUGCCUAGCCUACCCUAAGUGCUGAUCCAAUGAAAUUCAGCUCACUCCCCAACAAAGUUCCAAUCUUCACGUGGAAGUCCGAGUCAUUCACCAGCAAGCUGAUGCACGAUCCAAGGAAAAGAGUCUCUCCACAGAACUCACGCUAAAGGAGUGUCCCACCAAAGUACCAACGAGCAGAGAGGGUCUUCUUGCAGAGCCACCAGGGCAGGAAUCUCUUCAAGCCAGAAGUCCAAAGGAGAAGUCUCAGGGAGCAGAGAUGAGGACUGGAAGUUCUGAACUUUUAAUAAUCCUUUUUCCAUGUCACUUCCUGUCCCUUCCCCUCUUCACAGGGGCUAAUCACAGUUUCCAAAUUGCCUAGCACUGCCCAUGGGGGGGCAGUGUCUGUGGGAUCCACCUCUUGUCCUCUGAGAGUGUAAAUUCUUAUCAAAGGAUUCACAAGUUUCUGACUGAUUGAGUUAAAAGGGUGGAAUCCACUAAGUAAAUGACUUGUGAAGUCUCUUACUUGAUGGCUAACAAAGUGUUAAGUAGGGUUUUCUUGAUUGAUUAAGUCAAAAUAGACAAAGAAUAAAGAAUUCCUUUUCACAAUGGGUUCCAGUUUAAGAACCCCUACUCUAGACCCUUGGGUCCUAGAUGUUUGCUAAAUCUCAGGGGAAUUAGGUGACUGCUUCCAUCCCUCCCUUUUCCCCUGGGGAAUACUUUUCCUAAAUGUCCUCUUAACUCUUCCUCUAUAUUGGCAACCCCCAUGAGGUAAGCAGAGAUUAUAUCUUAGCUAAACUUUCUUUUUUCUUUCUGAUUCAUUCAUUUUACUAUUUUUUCACACAUAGAAAUAAUUUUUUAACAACUCCUUUCUUUUGCAAUCCCUCCCUCACUCCCCUUCCCACUCCUCAGGAGGCAAGCAAUCUGAUAUGGAUUAUUCCAGUGUUGUCAUGCAAUACAAAUUUCCCUAUUUCUCAUGUUAUGAAAGAAGACGUAUUACACAUCUAAGAAAAGACUCAUGAAGGAAGUAAGGCAAGAAAUGACAUGGUUCAAUCUGCAUUCAUAUUCUGACAGUUCCUUCUAUGACUGGAUAAGAUUUUCAUCAUGAGUCCCUUGGGGUUGUCUUGGGUUCUUGCAUUGCUGAUAAUGCUUUAGUCCUUCACAGUUGAUCAUUGCACAAUAUUUCCAUUAUGGUAUAUACACUGUUCUCCUGAUUCGACUCACUUCACUUUACAAUCCUAAGUUUUAAAAAAAUCCUCCCAUUUCUCAUUUCUUAUGUGCAUUAUAACCAUACACCACAACUUAUUCAGCCAUUUCUCAAUUGAUGAACAUUUCUUCAAUUUCCAGUUUUUUGCUGCUCCAAAGAGAGCUUCGAUAAAUGUUUUUGUACAAGUAGUUCCUUUUCUCUUCUCUGUGAUCUCUUUGUGAUAUAACUCUAGUAGUGGGUCAAAGGGUAUGUACAGUUUUAUAGCCUUUUGGACAUAGCUAUAAAUUGCACUCCAGAAUGAUUAUAUCAGUUCAUAGCUGCACCAAAAGCAUAUGAGUGCUCCAAUUUUCCCACAUUCCUUCCAGCAUUUAUCAUUUUCCAUUUUCAUCAUAUUAGUCAAUCUGAUAGGUGUUAGGUGAUAGCUCAGAUUUGUUUUAAUUUGCAUUUCUCUGCUCAAUAGUGAUUUGAAGUGUUUUUUUCACUCCAAAUAUUUUUUGACUAGAAAUAGUUUUGAUUUCUUGAUCUGAGACCUGCCUGUUCUUAACCUUUGAUAGUUUAUCAUUUGAGGAUUGACUUAUGUUCUUCUACAUUGACCCUCCUUGGUUCUUGGUAGAUUUGAGGAACAAGGCCUUUGGCAGAACCACUUGCUAUAAUUUUUUUUUCAUAGUUAUUUGUUUCCCUUCUAAUCUUGGUUGUAUUGUUUUUCUUCAUACACGCGGUUUUAAAUUUAAUAUAAUCAAGAUUUCCCAUUUUAUUUCUUGUAACGUCCUCUCUGUCUUGUUUUGUUAUAAAUUCUUCCCUUAUCCAUAGGUGUGGCAGGGAAGCUAUUCUGUGUUCUUAUUUGUUUAUGGUGUCAUCCUUUAUUUCAAGAUCAUGUAUUCAUUUUGAUUUUCUUAGUUGAACUUUUUAUCUCUCCAGCAUAGUUUCCUUUUCGUGGUAAAUAAUUAAAGUUUGAUGGGAAGAUGAGGUAAGAUAUUCUGACCACCCUGCUACCAUGCUCUAGAAGAUCUUUCUCUAAUCUCCUUGCACCUUGCCCUAACCCACUGUUCUAAUGCUAGUCCUAUCCCAGGCUGACUACCUUCCUCUUCUCAGGCUUCUCACAUUUGUCUUUCCAUUUGCUCACUCUGUUGGCCAGGGCCCUGGGCCCAACUACUGUUCCUUAAACAGUACAUCCCAGCUCUACCCUCUGUGCUGUUGUAUAGCUCAUCCUAAGGGCUGCCUCCUACAUGUGGCCUUCAGGGUGAUUUUUUUGUAUUUUGGUCUUACGUUUGUAUGUAUGUCUAUGUAUGUGUGUGUUAAGCUUCUCCAUUAGAAUGGAAGCUCCUUGUGGGUUUGGUUAUUCCAUCUUUAUUCUGUGUCCCCAAUGCCCAGAACAGAUCUUAGAGCAUUAUAUGUACCUAAUAAUACCUGUCAUUUGAUAAAUAUGCAUGGCAAGGUCUUAAUUCCUUAGAAUGAAGGUCCAGUGAACUAAUUUUCUUCCUCAGCCUAAUUUAGAUCUGUGUCCCAUACUCAAAUAUGGAUGUGGAAGUUCAUUGAAUGGUGCAGAUAGAAACCCAUGUGUCCCUGACCAUCUUCUGUGGCCCUUGCCCACAUCCUCCCAUCACUUUGCCAUAGGGACCCCCUUUUUCCACCCCACUUGCUGGAGACCUUCCUCUUUUUCUCCAGAGACUGUGAAGGGUAUCUGUGGAGCUCAUAGGCUGUCCUUCACCUUUCACAUGGAACCAGCUCAUCUUCUCUUCUCAUCAUACAUUUCCUUAGAGAUAGUUUUUAUUCUUGUUCUUAGAGGUUUCUCCAUAUUGGCUGUGUUACAGCUUGCCUAAAGCCCUUCCUUAUUCAUUACCCUCUGUGCAAUGCCAGCUUCUGCUCUUUUGAGAUGGUCCUAUUCCUUAUCUUUGCCUUAGAACAACAACUGUUCUAUGUUGAUAUGAGAAAGAUAGGCUUUUGUUUCCAGGGAAACCUUGAGGUCAUUAAAGGAGCUUUGCAAUUUCCCCAAGGCAGUUCAGCCCACUGUCCCUGUCUGUCCUUCAGUGAUGUUCACCCUCUGUGCUAGAGAUGCGGUAGAAGAUCAGGGUUGAAGAGGAGAGGAUCAUGGGAUUCCUGUUUCCAAACUGGAUAUCAUUUCCCUAUUGGUUAGAGGAGAAGCACCGUGGAUGCCAGCUAGAAAAGGCCACAGAAUCUUUUAUGAAGAUUCCCUUAGUGUUGAGAUCAACUCUGAAAACAAGAAUUCAUGUCUAAUGGAGGGUAGUCACAUGGGAGCAUCAUCCAAGAAAAUUCUACCGAAGGACAUGUUCUGUCAUUUCAAGAUGAGCAAAGCUGAGGAAUAUGAUGUUAAUUUAGAGAAACCGAAGGACAACCAAGAAAGACAAUGUAGAGAAGUAACAAAUAUUCCCAGAAUAAUUUUUAAUAAUGCUAGACUACCUCGAUAUAAUACAUUUGGGAGACAUUUUAAUGUGGGGUCAACAUUGGUUACACUAUGGAAAGAGACAAUGGGAAAAAGUGUCUUUAAAUAUAAGACCUUCAACAUUUUUCCUGAUCUGAUUACAUCUAAUGCUUUCUCCUUCUGGUGGAACCUUUCCAAGUCUAACAAAUACAAAAAAUCCUUCAGUUACCACUCAGACCUAAUUAAAUUUCAUAGACUACAUGUUGGAGAAAAGUUACAUGAGCAAAAGAAAUGUGAAAAAUCCCUUGGUAGAAUAUCAAACUGUGAUAGAUCUCAGAGAAGUCAUGUUGGCAAGAAACAUUACAAACAUAAUAAAUAUCAGAAGUUCUUUGGUCAAAGAGAAAGUUUGGCUAAACUUAAUGCAAUUCAAAUUAGGGGAAAAUCCUUAGUACAUAUUAAAUUUGAGAAAGCCUUCAUCAAGAGGGGACACCUUAUUAAGCAUAAGAGAAUGAAUACUGGUAAACCCUUUAAAUGUAAUGAAUGUGGAAAAAAUUUCAUUGAGAAGAGAAAGCUUAUUAGUCAUCAGAGAACUCAUACUGGAGAGAAACCAUUUGCUUGUAGUAGAUGUGGAAAAAGUUUCAGUCAGAGGGUACAUCUUAUUAGUCAUGAGAAAACUCAUACCAGAGAAAAGCCAUUUGCAUGUAAUGAAUGUGGCAAAGGUUUCUGCCAGAGAGGACACCUUAAUAGACACCAAAGAAUUCACAGUGGAGAGAAACCCUUUGAAUGUAAUGAAUGUGGGAAAGGCUUCAUCAGGAGGAGCCACCUUGUUACUCAUCAGAGAAUUCAUACUGGAGAGAAACCCUUUGUGUGUAAUGAAUGUGGAAAAACAUUCAGUGAAAGAAGAAAUCUUAUUAGCCAUCAGAGAAUUCAUACUUCAGGAAAACCUUUUGUAUGCAGUGAGUGUGGAAUAGGCUUCCGGCACCGAGUAAGUCUUAUCAUCCAUCAGAGAACUCAUACUGGAGAGAAACCAUUUUUAUGUAAUGAAUGUGGGAAAGGCUUUAGACAGAGGGGUCACCUUAGCACACAUAAGAGGACUCAUACUGGAGAGAAACCCUUUGCUUGCAAUGAAUGUGGGAAAACCUUCAGUGAAAGGAGAAACCUCUUUGCCCACAGGAGAAUUCAUACUGGAGAGAAACCGUUUGCAUGUAAUGAAUGCGGUAAAGGCUUCCGAUGCAAAGUCAGCCUUAUUACUCAUGAGAGAUCUCAUACUGGAGGGAAAAUUUUUGAAUGUAAGGAAUGUGGGAAGAGUUUCAGCUGGAGGGCAAGCCUUAUAAUCCAUCAGAGAACUCAUACCGGAGAAAAACCUUUUGCAUGUGAUGAAUGUAGAAAAUCCUUUGCCCGAAAGGCAAGUCUUGUCAUCCAUCAGAGAACUCAUACUGGAGAAAAACCCUUUGUAUGUAAUGAAUGUGGAAAAGGCUUCAGUCAGAGAGGACACCUUAUUACACACCAGAGAAUUCAUACUGGGGAGAAACCCUUCGAAUGUAGUGAAUGCAGGAAAACCUUUAGUGAAAGGAGAAAUCUUAUUACACACCAGAGAAUUCAUACUGGAGAGAAACCCUUUGCUUGUAGUGAAUGUGGAAAAGGCUUCCGAUGCAAAGUGAACCUUAUUACCCACCAGAAGACUCAUACUGGAGAGAAACAUUUUGCCUGUAAUGAAUGUGGGAAAGCCUUCAGUAAAAGGGCACACUUUAUUAUCCACCAGAGAACUCAUACUGGAGAAAAACCCUUUGAAUGUAUUGAAUGUGGGAAGGCCUUCAGUGUUAGAGGAAGCCUUAAUAGACACCAGAGAACUCAUGCUGUAGAGAAACUUUUUGAAUGUAAUAAAUUCGGGAAAGCUUUCAGCCAGAGAGGAAACUUUAUUAGUCAUGAAAGAACUCAUAGUGGAGAGGAACCUUUUGCAUAUGAUGAAAAUGGAAAGGCCAUCAUUGACCAUAGACUACUCAAAAGCUAUUACAGGAUUCAUACUGGAGAGAAACCCUUUGCAUGUAAUAAAUGUGAGAAAGUCUUCAGCAAGAAAGGAUACCUUAUUAGACACCAGAGAAAUCAUAAAGGAGUAAAGCAUUUUGAAUGUAAUAAGCACAAAGAGUAACAUAGAACAAUUUUAUGUUAGUGCGGCAGGAGGAAUCUGGUCCAGUACCCCAGCAUCUCUGCUUGGUUCUGUGCAAUUGAACAUUUUUGUCAAUGACAUAUAAUUAUCAAAUUUUCCAGUUAUCCAAAAAUGAGAGGGAUAGCUAUCACACCAUGUGACAAAGACAGGCUCCAAAAGGAUCUAUGACCAGUUUGGAAUGUGGGACUAAAGUAAAUUAAGAUGAAGUUCAGUAGGGAUAUAUAUAGGUAUACAGCCACCUUCAGAAGUAAUUAGCAUCUACUACGUGUUAUCUCCUUGGUUCUAUGCAAAGUAUAGAGUAUAUAAAGAAAGCAGAAUGCAUCUCUGCUCUUGGAGGAUGCUAAUGGAGACAACACAGAAGUAAAUAGACAUGCAAGAUACUUACAAAGUAGACGGAGAUGACUGCAGUGGUAGUGGUACUAUCAGUUGGGGAAACCUGGAAAGGUUUCCUGCUGAAGGUGGAAUUGGAGCAAUCUCGAGGGAAGUCAGAGAAAAUAAAAGACAGAAGAGAGGAUUUAGAGGACAGAUUGUAUAAAAACUCAAACUUGGGAGGUGGAGGACUGUGUGUGUGUAAUUUGAAGAAGACCAGAGUAGCUGAACUAGUAGUAGAGUUUUUGGAGGGGAGUAAAUCUAGGAAGGGACCAUGCUGUCAAGUUUAAAAUGUGAAACAAAAGAUUAUAUUUAAUCCUGAAGUUAAUGGUAAUAAAUGCUUGUUGACAGACAAGCUACUGGAACUGAUUGAGUAGUGGAGUAACAUCAGACCUACACUUUAGAAAAUUCAAUUUGUCAGUUGAGUGGAGGAUGGUUUGCAGGAGAGAAACAUUCUGAGCAGGAGGACCAUUUAGAAUCUUAUUACCAUAUAUAAGUAAGAGGUGUUCGGGAACUGGUAGUGAUAUAAUAAAAUCAUUAAAAAGACAAAAAUGUUCUACCUUCGGCAGUAAUUAAGAUUUAAAAUUCCUGGACAGUCAAUGAGUGGUAUUUGGUUCCACAUUAAAAGUCAUGUUGAAGGGCAGCUGUGGAUUGAGAGCCAAGCUUAGAAACCGGAGAUCUAGGUUAAAAUCUAGCCUUGGACACUUCCUAGUUGUGUGACUUUGGGCAAGUCACUUAACCCCCAUUGCCUAGACCUUACCACUCUUCUGCAUUGGAACAUAAUAUUGAUUCUAAGGCAGAAGGUAAGGGUUUAAAAAAAAAAGUCAUCUUGAAAUAUCCAAGUCCUGUGGUUCUGUGAGAAGGAAAAUAAAUCCGUCCCUCAGACAGGGUGUUACUCAUUAUGUGACAUGAGCUGGUGUCUUCUGGUUUCCCCUGGUGUCAGCAGCAGCAGGAAUGACAAUAUGGCAGAGCCAGUGUGACUAGGCAUCCCUACUGUACUGGAAUGUCACCACCUCCUGACUUUUGAAAGCAAGUGAGCAAGGAGGGUUCUUAAACUCACGCAGGAAGCAUGCUUGGGUCUCCUUUUGCUUCCAGACCUGGACAGACUGGUUUAUCUUAGCUCUUAAUCUAUGGACAGGUCCUUAGCCAGCCAAAUGAAGAAUCAGUUCUAGUUAGGCUGACACCUCUCAAUCUCUCACUAUCUCUGUCUUUUUAAUUAAUAAAUGCCUAUAAAUCUGGUGCUGAACCUCUAGACCCACCUUUUAAUUGUAAUAGUUCUGAGUACAGUAAAGGUCCUGAAUAAAUGCAUUGAUGACCAAUCAGCUAUUUGGUAAGCACCCUGUAUCGUGAAGAUGGGAUUAACUCUCCCCUGCCUAUUUUUAGAUUUAAUCACCAGAGGUGUAUACACCCCAUUUUAUCCUUAAGUUGGGGAGGUCUGUGACCCACGUGUGCUAAAGUGGAUGAUGAAUCAGAAAUGACUGACUGUCCCCUGAGCAGUCCUAAGCAAAGCUAAAGCCAUACUUGGUCCAUGUAAAGUGGAAGGAAUGCUCAGGAAGUGAUGCAAAAAAGCAUCUCACAGGAAGUUGCAACUUCCUGUGAGAGCCAGUUCUUUGGAGUUCAGAGUUUGAGUUCAAGGCUGAUGAAUCUUCUUCAUGGACCUGAGACUGAAAUUUGGUGAAACUGUUCUUGAAUCUCUUCCUUUGAACUACCACAUAAGUGAGUGAAGAGGCUGACUCCCUUUUCUGGAUUUUGGAGAGGCAAGCCUCCAGAGAGGCCCCUGUUUUGGAGAAGGCCUUGUGGCUGGAACCUUUGUUUAGUUUACCUUUGGGCCUCCCUUUGGUGGGACCUCUGAAGCCCUGCCUGGUUCGAACCAGGCUGGAGUAAUUAUCCACUCUACUCUCUCUCAAUACCCCUUAUUCCUUUUGUAAAUAAACUGUCACAAAAAAUUA